GGUAAGUUGCCACAUCAGCAGGCCACGUGAGCAGGCCACAACAGCAGGACCCGUCAGUGCAUGGUGCUCACCCGCUCAAAGACAAGCGGCAUGGAGCAGCAGCCAGGCGAGACUACCGAGGCCUAUGAGGCCCGCAUGCUGGACAUGGUGGCAGAGUACAAACAACGGGCAGCUGAGGCAACAUUCGCACGUAAGAAGGAAGACGAUGAAGCAGAGGAACAGCGUCGCCUCGCUGAACAGCAGCGACAGGCGGACGCUGAGGCAGCAGCGACGGCCGCAGAUGAACGUCGUCGACUACGCCGAGACAAACUCCUCGAAUGCGAGGGGGAUAUUGAGGUGAUCGCUGGCGAAUGGGCAGUGGCUGCUGAAGAGGAGGGUGCCCCCUCUGCUGUGCGUGGCCUUGCAACCACAAUCGAACAUGUGAGCGACUUGGUCGCCACCUGUGCAGCACAGCAAGAGGACAUCCUCUGCAUGGACACCCUGGUCCGGAAGCAGAUUCGUGUUAUUGACGAACUGCUUGACCGGGUACGCCGGCUGGAACAGCAGCUUGCAACAGCCACCCCAGCUGGACCCUCCAACUUGGCGGAUCGCAUCAACGUCUUGGAGAUCGACGUCGGAACUCUCAAGGACGGCGCUUUAACAACAAGUCAGCGGAUUGACCAGCAGAUUUGCGUUGCCGCAGCCAGUCCAACCGCGACCAAUCGCGAGAGCAUUCCGAAGUUUGACGGCCUCCCGAUCUUCUGUGAUGCAACGAAGACGGACCCGAUCCCAUGGUGGCGUCAGUUUGAGCUGGAGUUGGACAUUCACCACGUCUUCUGUGAUGCAACGAAGACGGACCCGAUCCCAUGGUGGCGUCAGUUUAAGCUGAAGUUGGACAUUCACCAUGUCAUCAAUCCGAACCGGCACUCGUACUUAUACUCCCGCUCGGGAGGUGCGUGCCAGGCAUGGCUGGACAACAUGUUGUCCACGCACAACGUCGCAGUCUCCGAGCUGCAUACGAAGAUCAGUUGGGCUGAUCCCAAGGCAGCAUGGCAUAAGCGGUUCCAAGUGGAGCCGCCCGAGCUUCAGGCAGCCGAGAAACUUCAACGGUUCUAUCAGAAUGACCUGCCAAGCACGGACUGGAUCACCGAGUACCAACGCUUGGCAUCCACGCCUAACUUGCCGUCGACAUUCGUCGCUAUCAAGCACUUCUUCAUCAGGAGGAGCUGCCCGGCGUUGCAGAACGCCUUGAUGCAAGUUACGGAGACGCUCACCACAAGUGAGCAGCUUUUUGACAAAGCCUCGCAGAUCAUCCUGGCGAACAUCGAGGCCAAGAAUUUGGGCCAUUCGUCUGCUGCAGGCCAGGGCAGAGGACAGCAUCGGUCGAAAGUGGCCGUGGUCGCAGCAACUACAGCGACCAACAUUUCAAGUGAGGCUGCCUCUUCUGAGGAAGGAGACAGAUUGGCAAUCGCCCGGGAUGGUGGCCGCCCCGCCAGAGGGCGAGGACGCAGCAGACCGAAGACACACACCACUUCAGCCCCCGAGGCCGGACCAGCGGCUCAAGAGCCUUGGACACAUUACGGUAUCUCGGAAGGCGUAUACCGCCCCGCGAGUUUCGCAUGCAGCGGUACGAUGAUAACAACGCACCACUCCUUUACGUCCACAUCCAAGUUGGGCAAGCGUCCUGCAGCGCUUUGCUGGAUAGCGGCGCGACUCGCAAUUUCAUCAGCCAGUCCUUUAGCGCAAAGGGCUGGCCUUGGCGCUCAAGUUCGACGAAAGCCAAACCCGACGGCGAUCAAGUUGGCGGACGGUCGGACGCAACAACUCCUCGAUAGCUACAUUGAAGCCGUGCCAGUUUAUUUCGCACCUCAUGCAUGCGAACCGGUGACGUUUGACGUCUUGGACACGGACUUCGACAUCAUUCUGGGCAUGCCUUGGCUUGCAAGUGCGGAUCACACGAUUAACUUCCAUCAGCGGACACUUACCGUUCGCGACGCCUUCGGCGCCGAGGUGCCGUGUACCAUUCCUCUUCCGCAGUCCUCGAUCCGGUGCCAAGUUGUAACGGCCAAGUCUUUUCGAGCCACUUGCGCUUACGAGCGGACCCACGAGAUCGGCCUAUGUUUUCUACGAGCCGCCGCGACGACCGAAUCUUCACCAACGGACUUGUCUUCGGACCCCCGAGUGGUGCGGCUGCUCGACGAAUUCACCAACAUCUUCGAGUCUCCUACCGGUGUGGUGCCGGAUCGGCCAAUCUCCCACGAGAUCAUUCUCGAGGCCGGUGCCGUGCCGCCGAAAGGAUGCAUAUAUCGCAUGAGCGAGGAAGAGCUUGAGGUUCUCCGCGCUCAACUCGACGAUCUUUUGGACAAGGGCUGGAUCCGCCCUAGCAGCUCACCAUAUGGUGCGCCAGUUCUCUUCGUACGGAAGAAGAACAAGGAUCUUCGCUUGUGCAUCGACUACCGCAAGCUCAACGCACAAACCGUCAAGAAUGCGGAACCUCUUCCGCGAAUUGACGACCUUCUCGAGAGUUUGGGUGCCGCAAUUUUUUUUUCAAAGUUGGACUUGAAGUCGGGUCACCAUCAAAUCUCCAUACGCCCGCAAGAUUGCUACAAAUCCGCGUUCAAGACGUUGUACGGACACUUUGAGUGGAUCGUUAUGCCGUUUGGUCUCACCAAUGCCCCGGCAACCUUUCAAGCGGCAAUGACCAACGAGUUCCGUGCGAUGCUGGACCGGUUUGUACUAGUCUACUUAGACGACAUCCUCGUCUAUAGCCGGACAUUGGAGGAUCAUCUUGAGCACCUCGACGAGUGUUGGAGACGCUCCGCCGCGCCAAGCACAAAGCCAACCACAACAAAGGGCAUCAGUCCGUUGUCGGACAAGAUUCAAGCCAUCAAAGAGUGGCCGGAACCGAAGACCGUCACAAACGUUCGUUCCUUCCUUGGCUUAGCUGGCUACUAUCAACGCUUCAUCAAGGGAUAUUCGAAGAUCGCGGCUCCUUUAUCCAAGCUUCAAUGCGAGGACCGGCCAUUCGACUUCGACGACCAUGCGCGAACUUCAUUCUUGGCUCUCAAAGCCGCAUUGCUAUCCGCGGAGGUGUUGCGCAUCUACGAUCCGCUUUUGCCAACACGUGUCACUACCAAUGCGUCCGGCUAUGGCAUUGGUGCUGUUCUCGAGCAACAUGACGGUGUGGACUGGCACCCGAUCGAGUACUUUAGCAAGAAACUGCCCGGCGUGCACUCGAUUGACGAUGCACGGAAGGAGGAAGCGAUUGCCAUGGACAUUACCGACCCGUUCCCCAAGCACAAGACCGGAGUGGAUGGGAUUCUCACGGUGGUCGACCGACUCACCAAGUUCGCCAUGUUUUUGCCUUGCCGCUACCAUGCCAAGGCACCGGAAUUGGCCGAGGUUCUCUACGCCGGUUGGAUUCGAACCAAGGGUUACCCCAAGGAAAUCGUUUGCGACCGCGACACUCGGUUCAUGUCCGACUUUUGGUUGGCGCUCAUCAAGCGAUGGGGCUCUUCACUCAAGCCCAGUUCCGCUCGCCACCCCCAGACCGACGGCCAAACGGAGAGGGCGCACCAGACCGCACAGGUUCUCCUUCGUACUCUCAUCCGCCCGGACCUGAGGGAUUGGGUUGAGCGGUUGCCGGAUGUCGAGUUGGCCUACAACUCCUCCAUCCACCCGGCUAUUGGGAUGUCGCCCUUCGAAUUCGAUCACGGCUCGCCGGUCACUUCCCCGUUGGACACCAUCAUUCCACGAGCGGCCGAGAGCGACGACCAUCUUCUCUUCUUACGUCGGAUGCAAGAGCUUCUUGUCAAAGCACGCGACCAGAUGGCUAAGACGCAGCAGCGCAUGAGCCAGCAGGCCAAUCGCCAGCGUCUUCCUUGUCCAUUCCGCGCCGGCGACCUCGUUGGGUUUCCGCAGCGGAAUUCAACCUUGAACAAGACAUCUUUUGCAAGCUCCUUCCGAAAUGGAUGUGGCCUUGGCCGAUUGUAGCACCCACUGGAGACGCACCUAAGGGACCUUCCUUCACGAUUCGGGUGCCCGCCCACUUGCCCGUCUACCUAGUCUUUCAUUGCUCCAAGUUGGCUCUUUACACGCCAGCGGAUCAUGAGGAUUUUCCCGGGCGACGUUCGCAAGACCCACCCUCUAUGGACGGAUUUCAGGAGGUCGGCGACAUCAUCUCCCAGCGACGCUACGGCAACAGGCCAACCGAGUACUUGGUACAUUUUGCAUACUGCACACAUCGAGUUGACCGUUGGUUGACCCGUGCGGAACUUCAAGAAACAGCUCCAGACGUUCUCGCACGCUACGAACGCAAGAUGCAAGGCAAGCCGGUCUCUUUCGCUCCACGCCGCACCCGCGU